GAAGAACAGGAAGCGAAUAUUAGAAGCGUCCCCUCCUCACUGCUUCUUCCUUCCUACCCGCUUUUCCUUCGUGAAUGAUUCAGACACAUAGAUGAGACACAUUCGUCUACAAAGCCACCGUCUGUAGAGACAUAAUAUUUGAGACUCCGUGGACGUGAGACUGGGAGACUGAGUGCGAGAAAAGGGCGUGUUUGAAUCUGAACUGCUGUAGAGACAAACCGCCUCCUCCCUUCACCACCACCACCACCUCCUCCUCCUCCUCACUGGAUGCUAGCUCGGUAGCUUUUACAUGUUGCUGCGCCCCUAGGUAAAGUUGCGUUUGUAGUCGGAGUCCUUUUUUAAUUUCUUUAUCCAGAGGUCAGGGCAGAAGAAAAUGGGGUGCACGCUGAGCACGGACGACAAGGCGGCUCAGGAGCGGAGUAAGAUGAUCGACAGGAAUCUGCGGGACGACGGAGAGAAGGCGGCCCGGGAGGUCAAGCUGCUCCUGCUCGGUGCUGGGGAGUCUGGUAAAAGUACAAUUGUGAAACAGAUGAAGAUCAUCCAUGAAGCCGGUUACUCAGAGGAGGAGUGUAAGCAGUACAAGGCUGUGGUCUACAGCAAUACCAUCCAGUCUAUUAUUGCCAUCAUCAGAGCUAUGGGACGCCUCAAGAUUGACUUUGCUGAUCCAGCCAGAGCUGAUGAUGCGCGGCAGCUGUUUGUCCUGGCGGGUUCAGCAGAGGAAGGCUUCAUGACAGGCGAACUGGCCGGGGUCAUCCAGAGGCUGUGGAAAGAUGGAGGAGUUCAGGCCUGUUUCAGCCGCUCCCGAGAAUACCAGCUCAACGACUCUGCGGCAUACUACCUGAAUGACCUGGACAGGAUAUCCCAUGGUUCUUAUGUGCCCACUCAACAGGAUGUGUUGAGGACCAGAGUCAAAACUACUGGUAUUGUAGAAACACACUUCACUUUCAAGGAUCUGCACUUCAAAAUGUUUGAUGUAGGUGGUCAGAGGUCAGAGAGGAAGAAGUGGAUUCAUUGUUUCGAGGGAGUCACAGCCAUCAUCUUCUGCGUGGCUCUGAGUGACUAUGACCUUGUGCUGGCUGAGGAUGAGGAGAUGAACCGUAUGCAUGAGAGCAUGAAGCUGUUCGACUCCAUCUGUAACAACAAGUGGUUCACGGACACCUCCAUUAUCCUCUUCCUUAACAAGAAAGACCUGUUUGAAGAGAAGAUCAAAAAGAGUCCACUCACAAUCUGCUACCCAGAAUAUGCAGGGUCUAACACGUACGAGGAGGCUGCGGCGUACAUUCAGUGCCAGUUUGAGGACCUGAACAAGAGAAAGGACACAAAGGAGAUCUACACCCACUUCACUUGUGCCACCGACACCAAGAACGUGCAGUUUGUGUUUGACGCCGUCACCGACGUCAUCAUCAAGAACAACCUGAAGGACUGCGGCCUCUUCUAAAGGCAGACAGGUGGUCGACCUACCAAGUGACUUUAUUCAAGGGGAGUCUGACUGGAGGGAUCAUUAUGAACCCUGCUAGGAAUGUCACUUUUAACCUCUUAUUAACUUAUGUUCAUCUCUUAAAGUUUUGAAGACGGUGUGUAGAAAAAAUGUUUUGUGUAAAAUAUUUGUACAACAGUCUUUGUCCGAGGGUUUUUUCAUGGGUUUUAAAAUGUGCGUGUUUUACCCCUUUAUUAUUCUCAUUAUUUUUAAUUUUUAUAUAUAAAAAAAGGGGGGGGGGAGACGGAGUUUCACAUUUUCUUGUCCAUAAACGAACACGUUUUUUUCGUCUUCUUUGUCUUUAGGCACCCGUGCCAUGCAUGCCUUAGUUGCAGUGUUUUAAUUUUGUUGACGUAGAGACUUUAGGUUUAUUUUAGCGGUUGCCAUUCGACUCUUCUCAGCCCCCUUCUCAGAGUCCAUUAUAUCUGAUUUUUUUUUGUGAUUAUUUUCUUUGUCGUGUAACCUUUUUCUUUCCACCUUGUAUAAACCAAUUAAGACCAAGUCACUCUGUUAGACCAAUUCACUCUGACUUUCUCUGACAUACUGUGAGAAACGUGUGUUAACCUUUUCCGGAUGUGUGGAUUGCCCGUGCGCUGCGAGAGGGAGCUUUUUCGAUUGAGGCCAAAAGGUGUGAGUGCGAGUACGAGCGUGUGUGUGUGUGUGUGUGUGUUUCAGUGUAUGCACAAUAUAAAACAAAGGGACUUUAUUCCUCUAUUUGUCAUCCUCUUUCAAAGUUUUUAUUUUUCUAAGCAACCAAAUACAAGCAUUUGUCUCUAUUUAAUUGGCGCGCGUUGUGUGUGCGCUGCUACAAGCUGAAGCAUUCCUGAUUGAAUGAGGAAAAGAAGAGAAGCUUUGAAAAGAGGAUGCCAAUGGCGGCCUUGUAGCAGACAGUAGGACCAUAAUUUAGAUCUCUGUUCAGUGCAUAGACAGACAGGUGGUUGAGCACAUGUGCACUGUUAUUGAUUAUGAGCUGUAAUGGUUUCAAGUUACAUACUCCCCCCCCCCCCACCCCCCAGCCCUCUGUUUCCAUUGGAUGGGGACAUUAGUGGACUAAUAUCCAUGAUUUUGCUAAUAAAAGAGUUGCUGUGGUGAAACCACGGCAGCUUAUGCAACA